AUGUCGAAUGAAAACUAUCCAGAAAUCGCAUUCAUCUCCCUGUCGUUUCUGUCGCCGCCAUCACAGCCACAUUUGCUGUCAACCUUGCCACCUCGCCAUCAUCGCUACCACCCCCGCCGCCACCACCAGCACCAGCACCACCGCCGCCACCGCCGCCACCGCCGCCACCGCCGCCACCGCCGCCACCGCCAUCAGUGCCAUUGCUACCGAAGCCGUCCCUCUUUCAAUCCAAUCAUCAUUGCUGACAUCAUCACCACCAUAAUCAACUUGUCUGAUAAUCACAGUAUUUUCUCUUCUUUCAUAACUCUAUCAUCAGCAUCAUCAAUACAGCCAUCAUUAUCGACUGAUACAGAUCACCACUGCCAUCUUAACAUUACCAAAAAGAAUAAAGAAGAAAAAAAGACGAUAGAAAAUCCUCUCUCUUCUUCAACAUCAACUCGACCGCCAGUGCCUACUCCACACCCACUCCACUUUCGUCGACUCCGUCAGAAUCCUCAGCCUAACCCUGACUACCAGUCCCCUCCCCACCCUUCCAAAUUGCUUCUUUAA